AGAGAGAGAGAGAGAGAGAGAGAGAGAGAGAGAGAGAGAGAAAGAAAGAGAGAGAGAAUGGUUUCCAGGGUUCACAAGAGAACAGCCAUGUACAGGAACCUACAACUGCUUCGUUCAAUCACAUACUCCCACUCGCGCCGUAAAGCCACAGUGUUAUUGGAUGCGUUAGAAUACAUGCAAGAUUUAAAGCAAAAGCUGCAAGAAUUGAACCAGUUAACAGUGGCAACAGCACGGGAAAUCGUUGACUAUGAUCCAAUGCCUAAGCUUAAAGUUGAAACGCAAGAAGGGGGCUUUGUAAUCAAGGUGCUGAGUCAAACAAGUUGUCAGGGGUUACUGGUGUUCAUAUUGGAAGCCUUUGAAGAGCUGGGCCUUGGGGUGCUCCAAGCUAGGGUUUCUUGUGUGGACAACUUCAGUUUAGAAGCUGUUGGAAACAAAGAGAACAAUGAAGAUACUCGCCCUUUGGAUGCACAAUUAAUUGAACAAGUAGUGUCUCAAGCUAUUCAAAACUGGAGGGAAGUUUCACAGAUAUAGUUAUCCAGCAACUAUUGCCAUGAUUAUAAGAAAAACUAUGAUCUUGCUUGAGUUUCCUUGUUGAUUACAAUGCUUACUCCUUUAAAUAUAGGUUGAGAAUUCGCCUAUAUGAUGGAUGUUUUGAACAUAUAAGAUAAUGGUCAACUUU